GCAGGAAGUAAUGCAGUUGCAUAUGGCGAUUUUUGUUAUGACAUGACAGGCGAAUUUCGACUCUAAACUAGCUGAAUUUUCAUACUAACUAUGGCGGAAAAUGAAGAAGGGAGCAAGAGAAAAAUCGAAGAAGAAGUGGACGCCACACAGGCUGCACCAAAGCGAGUACGACUUCAAUCGCAAGAUCUGACGGACUUGUCGAAGGAGGACAUUGUGGAAAGGGUAAAGCAGUUGGAUGAAUAUGUUGAUCACCUGGAAAAGAAGCAAAAUGGAGAGCAAGCAAAUAAAGAAUUAGCAGGACUCGUGGAGACUGGAGAGAAGCUGAAACAACAACAGCAAGAAUCCACAAGGCGCGAGAAUGUGUUGGUGAUGAGGCUUGCUACAAAGGAACAAGAAAUGCAAGACCUACUGACUCAAAUCCACGAUUUAAAACAAGCUCAAAACCCAUCCUCGAUACAGCUGCGCUCAACGUUACUGGAUCCUGCGGUAAAUUUGUUGUUUCAACGAAUGAAAACGGAUUUGGACUCUGAAAAAGAGAAACUGGAACAAGCACAGAAUGAUCUCAGCGCUUGGAAGUUCACUCCAGACAGUGUUACUGGGAAGAAACUGAUGGCUAAGUGCCGCAUGUUGAUUCAGGAGAAUCAAGAGCUCGGUCGUCAGUUAUCUCAGGGACGAGUAGCGCAGCUGGAGGCUGAACUUGCUCUUCAGAAAAAAUACAGUGACGAGCUGAAAGGCAGUCAGGACGAGUUGAACGACUUCGUUAUCCAGCUGGACGAGGAAGUAGAAGGUAUGCAGUCGACCAUCUUAACUCUUCAGCAUCAACUGAAAGACUGCAAACAGCAAUUGACUCAAUCACAGGAGAACGCGCAGCUUUACCAAGAAAAAUUAGAGACCACAGAGAGGUUGCUCUCUGAAAUGCGCCGCCAGCAAAACUCGCCGGUCAGCGUCAAGUCAGAGGACCGAGGCGAGCAUGCGCAAACGCAAACACAGCCAUCGCAGGCAGAUGAUUGGACCGCUGGUGUUGAAUGCGUGCCAGGCGAUAGGACAUCCCCCGUUGCGCAAAGCGAAGAGAGGAAAGAAAGCGAAGAAAGGAUACUGCUUAGCGCUGUUGUAACUACUGUCCCUUCGAAACCCGCGGCCAGCGUCCCCUCCGCGUUUUCUAUCAGCCAGUUGCUAGCGACUGACUCGAACCUUGGGAAGGAUAUUAAAGAGCGAAACACUGUAGAGAACGGCGGAAGCCAACACGAAAGUCCGCCAUUAGAACCCAGUGAAAUGAGUGAAUCCCCGCUAGUCGCGGCCAUGGGAUUGGUGGAAAGGAUUGGGUGUGACUCAAAUACUUUUAACGGGGAGGUGACGGGUUAAUCGCGCUGCAUCCCCCGUAUCCCAUAUCAUCCCCCCCUCCCUCCCUCGCUGCGUUACUUGUUAAGCACCAUUGUCUGCUUCUUUGCGGAUAUGCGUAUGAGAAGCAGGUCUUUCCUAUAGGACGUUUUGAUGUCGUAAAUUAUCAAUAAAUGUCACUUGUUUUCACAA